AGUAAGGAUGUUGGGGAGACCGAACAGGUAGAUACAUUCAUUCCAAAAGAACAAUCUUCGGCUAAUAUUAGUGGUACGGCCAAUGCCUCUCAAUUAUGUAGUGAACUGGUCCCACUUGAGCAAAACAGCAAAUCGGUGCCGAUACAGCUUGAAGAAACAAAAGUUUCGCAUAAUUAUAUAGUCGCCCACCCAAGUCGUAACCAGGCACAAAGUAUUAUUUCUUCUGAAAUAAAUAUUAUGACCGAGCAUCAACCCUGUGACCCCGGGUCUCACCCUCAUGUGACUGAAACUAAAAACGAUUCAAUUCAGAAGGAUAGCCGAAUUGAGAUGCAAAAAUUUAUACAAGAAUUAUAUUUGGAACCCGUAUCAGAAGAAUCAAUUGAAGUCAUUAAAAAUAAAGAGCCAGAUAUAUCAGAUCACAAUGAAAAUGACAAACAUAUUGUGGAAUGUGUACCGUGUGACCUUGAGUCUCACCCUUAUGUGACUAAAUCAUCUGACUCAAAUGAUUUAGCAGAAAGUGAGUUAAGGGCUGGCUCAGCCAGAAAUUUUAGAGGAAUUGAUAAUUAUAGUUUUGCAUCACCUCAGCUGUGGAGCUCACCAUGUCCUGUUUGUGAUGGAAAAUAUGAGAAUUAUGGAUUAUAUGGUGAAUGGUAUAGAAAUGAAACGGAAUAUUGUCUUACCUGCAACACUUCAAGUAAUAAACUCAAGUUCGCAAUCAAUGUGACCCCAGGUCACGGCAUCACAUGA